GUCAAUGUCAAAACUUUAAAAAUAUAACCUCGAAUAAUUAUCGGUCCGAUUAUUUUGGGUGUAUUCCUAGUUUAAAAUGGCAAACAAAUACGAAUGGAAAGUGAAUACAAAUUUGGAUCAAAAAAUAAUCUCGGAGCCGGAGAUGGCUGUGGUGGAUGAACAUCCUCUAAAAACCCCUACGGUUGAACGAAUUCCUCGAAGGGUUUUGGGGUCACAACCAAGUACAGGUCGAACAACUCCAAUAUCAGCUCCAUUAGUUAUGUUAGAUUUAAGUGCUGUUCUAGAGGGAAUCGAUCCAUUAACUAAGUUUGCAAUAGAAGAAAUGGAUCCUUUAACUCAAAUGGCUACAGAAAUGGCUGCUAAAGAACUUGAUCCACCACAUAAAAAGUUUAACGAUAAAUCUAAGGGUACUUUUCACAUGGAACCUUGGAGUUCAAGAAAAAGUGCAAUUUUAUCUAAAUUCACCACAUCAGAAAAACUUACAUUAAUUACUAGCUUUUUAUCAGAUGGGGACAAAGUUGUUGUAAAAGCACAAAGUAGUGCUGUUGAUAAAGUCCAACAUCGUCUUGAACAAUUAGAUUAUUUCGAAGAGGGCUCUCAACAUAAAUUAAAUGUAUCUCAAGCUGAGUACAUUGGGAGAAUUGAGCAAUUAAAUAAAGAAUUGGUAAGCGCUUGGAACUCUGAACAAAGGGUGAAAGCUUUGAAGAUUGUUAUACAAUGUGCCAAAUUACUUUCUGAUACGGAUGUUUUACCAUUUUAUCCGAGCAAAUUUGUUUUGAUUACUGAUAUUUUGGAUAUAUUUGGACAACUUGUUUAUGAUCGAUUACGAACAAAGUCAGAUUAUUACAAACCAGGCAUGAAAUCAUCCACAGCUUUACCAGAAGAUUUUACAACCGACAUCGUUCCUGAAAGUACGAAAGAAACUUGCCGAAAUUGGUUCUAUAAAAUUGCAUCAAUUCGAGAAUUGGUACCAAGAAUUUAUGUCGAAAUGGCUAUUUUGAAAUCGUACAGCUUUUUAACUUCAAGUGAAUAUUCAGCGGCACUUCUACGUUUAACUCGUAUGAUUCGUGGAAUUGGAAAUCCUUUGGUGGCACUUUACGCUCGAUGUUAUUUGUGUAGAGUUGGAAUUACUUUGGGGACGUUAACCAGCGAUAAUAAAUAUUUAAUUCAAAAUUUGUACGAUUUUUUAGAUAAUUAUAACCAAUUAUUUAGCAAUGGUAUAAAACAAGAAUUAAAAAAACAACACAUCGAAUACACUUCUUAUUUAACAUUAUACACACCUGGUUUAGAUUUUAUUCUUCAAGCGGUUGCCGCAACGGGUGGUGAUAAUUUAUUACCUUUGUGUUUACGAAGAUGCGAACAACAUGCAAAUAGCGCCUUACUUUUAAAUAGUAUAAUGGCUGCGUUUAAACCGAUGCACGUAGCGCAAAGAUCGCUACAAUUUUUAGAUUUAAUAGCUCGCAGUCCGGAUGAAUACUUUCCCUCGCAUAUUUUAUUAAGAACUUUGGGAUUAUGCAUUUCAAUUUCGCCACCGCCGACUGAACAUCGACGGCAAGUUUUAAAUUUAGUUUGGAAACAAAUUUCGAAUUUAAAUAGUCCACAAUUUUAUAUAAGUUGUGUUGAAGCUUGGAUUGAGUAUAUUGUACGUUAUUGUACGAAUAAAGAAGUGAAUCAAAUUUUAGAAGAUGUGAUAAACCAUAUUUAUCCAAAUCGUGCAUAUGAACAUUUAUAUUCACAAUUAAAACAAAUAAUUGAAAAAAUUGUUUCACAUAUGCAAGAUUUUGAAACGUUACUUUCAAUGGAUAAUUUUUUACCAUUCCUCGAUCUUUUUCAACAAGAAAAUGUAAAAGUCGAAGCUUGCAAAGUUAUUAUUUCUUCAUGCAUAAGCAGCCAACAUACAAGCGAUCCCGUUAUUAUAAACGCUUUAAUGUACACUUGUUCCAUUUUACACGAUUCCAUAAACGCCUUAAGUGUUGACGAUGAAGUACGACAAAUCGGAGAAUUGUUAUGUAUGGUGGUUAAGAAGGUUGAUUAUGGAAGAGAUUUCGAACAACAAUUAAGUUUUUAUGUCGAAGCUAGAGGAGCUUUUUCAAACAUUGAUUCAGUUUUAGCUGAAUUAGUACAAUGUGUUAAUAAUUUAGCAGUAACACGUCAUAAGGAAGUAAAUGGUAAUCAUACCAGAAAAACGGGUGCUUUUGUAAGAGCUUGUGCUGCAUAUUGUUUUAUAACGAUUCCUUCAAUACGUUCUGUAAAAACAAGAUUGGAUUUGUAUCUUCUUUCAGGACAGGUUGCGUUAUUCAAUCAUUGUUUAGGACAAGCUGAUGCAUGUUUUAAAGCAGCUCUUCAAAUAAUACCAGAAGUAACCCAAACUGUUGAUAAACAGUCACCAAAAACAUAUCUUUUCUCAUACAUCAGAAAGUUUUUAUCAACACUUUUAGUAGUUCCUGAUAGCCCAGAUCGUGGAGUAUUAAGCUUAACAAGGAUUUUAUUAAAUACGGUUCAAUCUUAUGAAUGGGAUGUUCAAAACGGGACUUUAUGUCAAUUAUAUUUAAACGUUUUGGAUCUUUUAACGGCUAUGUCGCAAGAUUUUUACUUUUACCACGUUGAUAAAGUCGAAUCUAAUGAUACAUUAUACGGAUCAGAUCCCAAAUUUAUCUCGGAAAUUAAUCGCAUGUGCUCAGUCGUUCUCAACGAAAUCCUAAAUCAAUUAAAAUCAAUUGGACAUUGUCGGAAACAAGCCGCGUUAGUGGUCGAUUUAAUUCUUAACGUUGCUAUUAACGCUGAUUUGAACGAUGCAGGGAUGUUAAAUUUAAUUUCGAAUCUUUAUGGACUUCUAAAUAAUCAUGAGUAUAAAGAUAAAUUAUAUAUUGGACGUUGUAUCAAUUAUUUGAAGUAUAAAAAUAAAGAAAACCAUCCGGUUUUAACACAAUUAAUUAAUAAAAUGAAACACCUUACUGUUUAAUUUUAUUGUUUUAAUUAUUUUUUUAAGAGUAAGAAAAGUAACAAAGAAAUAUAUUCCCACUUUCAAAAUGAUGAUUAAACUUAAAUAAGAAAAUUAUGAAAUACUCGAGGUUUAGAUUCAAAUAUACAUUUUUAUAAACA